AUGAUGUAACAACCAUCGGAUCAAAACUCAACGGUUGGCAUGAAAAGCACGCGGAUCGCCUCUGUUUUUAUAUACACUUAACAUUCACUGGACUUGUCAUAUCGUCAAUCGCAUUUUGCUAUCCUCUCCGUUCCAUUAUUCAGAGCUUAGGAAUCAAGAUAUGUCGGGAAGAGGAAAGGGAGGAAAGGGAUUGGGAAAGGGAGGAGCGAAGAGGCACAGGAAGGUGCUUAGGGAUAACAUCCAAGGCAUCACCAAGCCUGCCAUUCGUCGUCUUGCUCGCAGAGGUGGUGUCAAGCGUAUAAGCGGCCUCAUUUACGAAGAGACCCGAGGAGUCCUCAAGAUCUUUCUCGAGAAUGUCAUCCGUGACGCCGUCACCUACACGGAGCACGCUAGGAGGAAGACUGUUACUGCUAUGGAUGUUGUCUAUGCUUUGAAGAGGCAAGGACGCACUCUGUACGGAUUCGGCGGUUAAUCGAACGGUUGAGAUUUUAGCAGGAGACGGAAUUAGUGUGUUGUUUCUGUUAUCAUCCACUUGUUUAGUAGUAAAAAGUAAAACAAGGAGCUGUGUCUUGUUAAGCCAAUUUGAUGUUCCAUGUAGCUAGCUAAAAUUCAGCAAUCUCUGAUUGGAUUCUUAAAUUAAAAUUCUGUUUGCAAAA